UGAGGGAGAAGAUGGGAGCGCACACGAAGAUAUUUGAAACACCUGUUGAUCAGGAAUAACUGACCGAAUUUCCGCCCCGUAGCAGCCGGACGUAGAAAUCAACUUCGGGCCGAAACACCCGUGACAAUUAUUGCCCCGGCAACUUCCGUGCAGAUGAAGGGAGGAGGAGGAGGAGGACCAGAGUGAACAUCGAGCGAAUUCCCGCCACUGCUUAGGAGAACGGUCAUGAAGCAAAAUCGUGCGAACGCGGAGCGAUACGAAAUUCCCCUAUGUCGUACCGGUGAGACGGGGAGGAGAAGAGGGGGGGGAGGAGCCGGAGGGAGGAGGAGGAACCCAAAUAAGGAUACUACGUACAGAAGCAUGGCCCCGAUACUUGCCCUGGCCCUGGGCCCGGCAGAGCAGGAAUAGGAUUUAAACUCGGCCGCUGAAUUCUAGACCACAAUCACACAUAAUGUGCGCUGCAUCCGCCCUCGGCAAGCGUGCGGGCGCAAUUGUGACUGAGCGUGCAAAUUCCGAUGUACUGGCCUAUCCGCUGUUUUAGGCCUGGGCGGAGGAAGAUAGCGCACCUAAGCCGGGACAGCACAGUGGAGAAGGAGGGGGGGGGCAGAGCAAGCCCAGCGGCAGACUGAAACAAAACGACCGCCAUGAAUGACCACGUUCGGCCAGGAAACACACAGGCAGCACGCCCUCGAGUAUCGAACGGCCGAGCGGCGGCACGAUAUGGUGAAAUACGAACCCACUGGAAAAGAGGAGAAACGACGACGACGACAGGGGAGAGAAGAUGCUGAAUGCUUAAUAGUGCCGCUGCCUUUUGUUGGCGAGGGCCACGGCGCGCGCGCUGGCGGGGUGCCCGCGCGUGGCUUCGCGAAUGAAGCCGCGAAAAAGGUCAGGGGCGUCUGCGACGGGCGCCCAGUGACGAACUGCAGCCUGGACGCGGAAAGUCGCAUAUACAGCGAUCGCCCGGCAACUGUCAAAGCGGUCUUCGUGGUCGGCCUCAGGUUCGUAUGCCGAGCGAGCCGUUGUGAUGCCCAGCCCGACGAAGUCCUCGAGCUGGCUGUCCGCCUGCGGCCGGGUGAGCCCCAACCAGCGAGCGCGCAGUGCGUGCAAUGCACCGCAGCAGGCGUAGUGCUUGAUGGAGUCGGAGCCACGGGGGCAGCCGAGGCAGCACGGGGCCCAUGUGCCGAAUCUGCUGGCCGUCGCCCAACCGUUCAGAGCAGCCCGAAUGGUCGCAGAGAGCACGCGGGGGGUGACCAACGCGGAGAGCCGGCACAUGUGUUUGCGGAACGACUGCACGCGAUGCCCCGGCAACGUGCGCAUCUGCCAGUGAUCGAGCCUGCGCCGGAGGUGGAUCUGGGCGUCAAUUUCCAGCGGCGGCCGUAAUGCCCUGCUGAUCCGAGCUUGCCAGCCCGUCGCUUGGUGGCGACCGUCGCCGACGUUCAAUUCUGCAGCGUCACAUUCCCGUUUCCAGCUCGCCCGACACAUAAAAAACAAUGCGACUAGGGGGACCGGUGAG